CUUUUCGCGCCUGCGCAGUGUCGGAAAGCGGGUUUCCUCACUGCGCAUGCGGGAGGAGGUGGCGGAAAAGGAAGUGAGGGGAGGAGGCUUUGCGAGAGAGAGAGGGAGAGAGAGAGUGAGGAGAGGCGGCGAGUGCGCGUGCGCACUGCGGGCUGGGUUGCAGCAGCAGGAGCGGCGGCGGCGGCGGUUGAGCUCGCGGGCGGCUGAGUUUCCAUAACAUCUGAUCCAUCAUGGCUGAUGACCUCGACUUCGAGACCGGCGAUGCCGGGGCCUCCGCCACCUUCCCCAUGCAGUGCUCCGCUCUCCGCAAGAACGGCUUUGUGGUGCUCAAAGGGCGUCCCUGCAAGAUUGUGGAGAUGUCCACCUCCAAGACCGGAAAGCAUGGUCAUGCCAAAGUGCACCUUGUUGGCAUAGACAUCUUCACUGGGAAAAAAUAUGAAGAUAUCUGCCCUUCGACCCACAACAUGGAUGUGCCCAACAUUAAGAGAAAUGAUUUUCAGCUCAUUGGGAUCCAGGAUGGGUACCUUUCCCUGCUCCAGGACAGCGGGGAGGUCCGGGAGGAUCUGCGCCUUCCUGAGGGAGACCUGGGCAAGGAGAUCGAACAGAAAUACGACUGUGGCGAAGAAAUCCUGAUCACCGUACUGUCUGCAAUGACCGAGGAAGCCGCUGUUGCUAUCAAGGCCAUGGCUAAAUAAAGGAACCACAGGGCGGCAGCAGCAGCAGCAGCAGCAAAACCAACAGCGGCGGCAGCAGCAGCAGCUCCAACUUGUUAUGAACCAGAGAGGAUCGCAACCCGCAGGCUGUCAGAUUUCGCUCCAAAACCACCCAGAUCUUUUUUUUUCUCUUUUUUCCCCCCUUCCAUUAAAACAACAACAAAAAAACGAGAAAAAAAAAAACAACCAACCAGAAAGCGAAACCUUCCACCACCCUCCCUUUUGAAUUAAAACAAAAAAAAGAAAAUAAAUCUUUUUAUUUUGUGGUCUUUUUGAAAGGAAAACAGAAAGAAAGAAAGAAAG